AUGGAUUUGCGCGUGGAAGUGUAUAUUCCCGGCAGUGUGCAGACGUAUAUGGUUAAUCCUCGGGGCGAACGCUUUGCGACGAAUCCAGAGAUGUGGCAAGAAACAUAUCUAUCCGCUGUCUUACGUGCAAUCAUGUACUCGGACGAUGCAAAUUACAAGCUCGCAGGAUACAGAAAAUUGGACCCGGUCCCAACGAUGGAGGACGAAGUCCGUUUCCUGCUUGCUGCUGAAAAUUUGUUCUUUAAGGGAUGGCAACUGGGAAGCGACCCGGAGAUUCAAGUCGCCACCGUCGUGCACAACCAUCUUUCAGCUGGAAUCUUGAAAUACUUUGGCGAUUCUGGGCGGUACGAACAGGCGGUCAAUCUGUUCGAGAAGCUCUGGGCGCGUGAGCCGGACGUUUCUGCACUGGUCUCAAAAGCUUACCUUGGCAUGAACCAAGAGGUUAAAGCCGUGCAGAUCAUGCACCGUGCUCUCCAGGAGAAUCCACACAAUUAUGUACUGCUGCAUGUCCAAGCUGACUUUUUACGGAGCAAGGGUCAGCUGGAAUGGGCAAUUAAGCUGGCAAAACAGGCUGUGGACUGCGCCCCAAGCGAGUAUGUAACUUGGGCUAGGUUGGCCGACUACUAUGUGGACGCUGGAGAAUGGGCUGCAGCGCUGUUCACUUUGAAUUCUUGUCCCAUGUUCACGUACAACGAUCGCGAUUUGCACCGAUUGCCGCAGGCUGCGCGGACACACUUCCCUAUCCGGAAACUUGCGGCGCAGAGCAAGCUAUUAAACGAGGAAAGUGCGAAUGAUAACAAAGUGGAUCCUGCGCUGUUGCGUCUUCCUGCACCUGCGCUGCGCGGAACAUUUGCAAAUGCGUAUGGAAUUCUUACCAAACUAGCGAGCAAGAUUGGUUGGGACGUACUGCUCAAAUGCAGAUCAGAGGUAUUUGUGAUGGAGGAAGAAUACCGCACUCAGACUACGGAAAAAGAAAACAACCAAUUCGCCGCACCUUCGGAACCACAGCAAGCGGCAAGCAGCCGGGAAAACGGAGAGCUUUCCCUUGAUCCAAUUGGUAAGAAGGAUGGAAAGAACAAGACAUCCGACCACUGGCUGUCUUUCACUCAAAAGCGACUGUGCGAACGAUGGCUCGACAACUUGUUCAUGGUGCUCUAUGAAGACUUGCGCGUAUACACAAUUUGGCGCGCGGAACUUGCGCAUUACCGCUCGCAAUCGAUACCGAUCCAUAAGUCCGCCACGGACUGGGAGAUCCUUGGCGAGCUAUCCCUGCGUUUGCACCAUGUCGAUGAAGCGUGUGAUGCAUUUUUGCAAUGCGUUACCCAAAAAUUCAGCCCGAGAGCGUAUCAACGUCUUCUGGAGCAUUGCACUGAAGUUGGGAACAUCGAGCAGAGUCUCUCCAUGGCCAUGUAUCUCACUGCAUAUAACUACCGGUGGUACGCCGAUUGUAUAUUCCCGGGAACCAUUGCAAAGCAUAUAUUUCAAAUCAUACGAGAAGAAGGCUUAGGGAAAGUAUCUAAUACGCUGAUCUCCAUGAACCCUUCCCCGGCAAUGCUCAACCUGAUGCAGCGGUAUUUUGCGUACGCACAAGAAUUCCGCAUUGAGGGCUCCAAUAUGUAA